AUGGCGCUUUCACCCGGACAGACUCAUCCGGGGUACAUUAUCGCCAAGGAAGAUACGAGAUCGAAGGCUCGCGAGGAGGGGCAGGCGGUUGAGGCGAACGGGGAGGGAAAGAAGCCAGGGCUGUUGUAUGAGGACUUUCAUCCAUUCAAGCCACGGCAGUUUGAGGGUAAGCCGGGCGUCACUAUCUUGGAGUUCCCAUCGAUGAAUGCUACCGUCGAUGAGUACUUCUCGUCUAUUGAGUCGCAGCGACUGGAGUCCCGGUUGACCGAGCGAGAAGAGGCGGCGAAGAAAAAGCUGGAUGCUGUUCGGCAGGAACAUGAGAAGAAGAUCGGCGCGCUGAAGCACGCACAGGAGUUGCAUAUCCGGAAGGCGGGCGCCAUCGAGGACAAUGUCUACCGGGUGCAGGAGGCCAUGGACGCGGUCAACGGACUGAUUGCCCAGGGCAUGGACUGGGUUGAGAUUGCACGGCUGAUCGAAAUGGAGCAGGGACGAGGCAAUCCCGUCGCGAAGAUCAUCAAGCUGCCACUGAAGCUGUAUGAGAAUACGAUCACGCUGCUGCUUGGUGAGGCGGGAGAGGAGCAGGAGGAGGCCGAGGAGUUGUUCUCUGAAUCCGAGGAGUCUGAAGAUGAACAGGAGACGACUCAAACCGCUCAGAACAAGCCAGAGGUGUUGACCAUUGAUAUCGAUCUGGGGCUGUCCCCGUGGGCCAACGCUACGCAGUACUACGAACAAAAGAAGAUGGCUGCCGUUAAAGAGCAGAGGACGGCACAAUCUUCCACGAAGGCGCUUAAGAGCCACGAGAAGAAGGUCACGGAAGACCUGAAAAAGAGUCUCAAACAGGAGAAGCAGGUCCUCCGGCCGGCUAGGAAACCGUUUUGGUUCGAAAAAUUUCUCUUCUUCGUCUCCUCCGAGGGAUAUUUGGUGCUGGGUGGCCGCGAUGCGAUGCAGAGUGAAUUACUUUACCGUCGGCACUUGAAGAAAGGUGACAUCUUUGUACACGCAGACCUCGAAGGUGCGACACCGAUCGUCGUCAAGAACAGACCCGGUACUCCGAACGCUCCCAUCCCACCAAGUACCCUGUCGCAAGCAGGAAACCUCUGUGUUGCUACCUCGAGUGCGUGGGAUUCCAAGGCCGUGAUGCCUGCGUGGUGGGUGCAUGCACACCAGGUUUCCAAGACGGCCGAGGCGGGUGGUCUUCUUCCUGCCGGAGACUUCCUGGUCAAAGGCGAGAAGAACUUCCUUGCCCCGUCGCAGCUUGUGCUCGGUUUUGCAGUGAUGUUCCAGAUCAGUAAGGAGAGUUUGAAGAACCACAAGCUUCACCGGUUUGAUGUGACGGAGACUACCGAGUCGACUGCACAGGGCGAUGGAGUGGCUGCAUCUGCGGAGGAGGUGAAACAGACUCCUGAGCAAGCAAAUGAAACAGCUCCGGCCAAUGAGCCCUCGGAGACGCUUAACAAGCAAGAAGAAGGCGAGCAAAGCUCCGAUUCAGACGACGAGCAGGAGGAUCCCGACGCUGUCCCUGCCCGCAACCCGCUACAACGUGGAGACUCGGAGUCUAUGCCCGAGGAACCAGUAGACGAGGUGAAGGGUGCAGACAGAGCCGCAGACAAACCCACUGCUGACUCACAGGAGGCCGAGGAAGAGCUGUCUGAGGAGGAAACGGCCCCCGCAGAGGAAGAUAGCCCUACGGUGCAGACUCAGGAGAAGGAGCAUCUCUCGGCCAAGGAGAAACGUCUGGCAAAACAGGGCAAAUCUCUCGACUCUGAAACCGAUGAAAAAGGAUCUAAGCAGACUUCAUCCCCUGCCACGAACGGAAAGCGUUCCAAAGGUGACACCAAGUCAGCACCCGCCUCUUCUCGAGGCAAGAAGGGAAAGGCGAAGAAAGCCGCAGCGAAGUAUGCCGACCAGGAUGAAGAAGAGCGUGAGUUGGCGCUUCGGCUCCUCGGAGCUAACAAAGCCAAAGCCGAAAAGGCCGCCGCAGCGGCGGAGGCCAAAGCCAACCGUGAGCGUGAAGCAGAGGCGCAGAGGAAACGUCGGCAGGCGCAACAUGCGCGCGCCGCGGAAGCUGAGCGGAAACGCCAGGCCCUGUUCGAAGAAGGUGGUGGAGAUGACUACGACGAGGAGACGGCUGCAGCUGAAGCGGCUGAUCUUGAGUGGAUUCCGGCUCUGGUGGGCACGCCUCACCCGGACGAUGAGAUCCUUGCCGCUAUUCCCGUGUGCGCGCCUUGGGGCUCCCUCGGACGAUACAAAUACCGAGUGAAAUUGCAGCCAGGUGCGGUGAAGAAGGGUAAGGCUGUCAAGGAGAUCCUUGGGCGGUGGAUUGCUGAGACGACCACGGGUAAGGUCAAGAAGGAACACGCCGAGGAUGCAGGCAUCAGCCGGGCUGUUGCGGAGAAGAUCCGAGCUCGCGAGGGAGAGCUGAUCAAGGGAUGGAAGGAUACUGAGAUCAUCAAUAACGUUCCUGUUGGCAAGGUCCGCGUGAUGACGGGCGCUGGAGGAAGCGGAGGCGCCGAAGGGAAAGGCAAAGGAAAGGGAGGCGGUGGUAACAAGGGAGGAAAAGGAGGAAAGAAGAAAUGA